AUGGUAUCUUCUGUAUCUCCUCAGAUUUACAAGUGCUAUAUAAUUACCGAUGAGUCUCGAGAGCUUUCUACUCCGGAGCCCGGCCAUGGGCCAGUUCCUGGUGCUAGCUGUCAACCGGACUGUUGUUGCGAGGGCCGCUGCCCCAAUAUUACACUGAUCUACCUGUUUAGACUCGACCCACCAGUUGAAAGGGCUUUCAGCAUGCCAGUGUUUAUGUAUGAUGUAAUACUAAUGACGAAAGACGAACGAUUGCAAAUUAGAAAAGGCCUUUACAAGCUUCAGAAAAUUAGUCAAAUGGCCGUGAAAAUCUUGACAUAUAGCAAGCAUCAGCUGUGGACUGAGAUCAUAACAGACUUUUUCCCAGCGUCCAGCGACUUCGUGACGUGGCGAGAACUGCCCAAACUGUGGGAUAGGGACUGUGCUGCUCUACAUGUAGGACGCCAAGAGUUCCAGCUUCACCCAUGCACAGACCAGCUUCCCUUCUUAUGCGUCAUGGGUCCACACAGACAUAUAGGUAAGCAGGACGAAAGAUAUGGUGAAGAGGUAGAGCUGCGUGUGGAGACCAGUGCUGGGGCGGGCAGCUAUGGGUGGCUCUCUCUCACUACCUCUCAGUUCCAAGACCUCACUCUGGCCUGCACCGCCUACAACAGGACAACAGGAAAACGUUUGCACUCACAACCAAGAGUCUUCUGGAGGAAGGAUCUGGUGUACAUGAACCACUGCGUCGAGAAUAUGAUGCCGGCCAUCAUCCACGACGCUACCAAGUCCGACACUGCCACUCUCCUGCCGGGAAUGAAAGAGGUGCCGCCCUUGUUCAUCAACCAGGGCACAUACUGGUGUGAAGCCUGGGUGCCCAAUGUACCUACGCGCCUUGCAAGUAAUAAGGUUUUGGUGACACUGGAAGAUAGGCUGGUGUUUAUCUUCAACGCCCAUAUCAAUGAGUCCUUACCCGGGAGUACCGUAAAUGCGACGAAGUGGCUAUUGCGUAAAUCUUUCCGUCAACAAUUCGCAAACAUUUCCACUUACACCCUGGAUGUCAUCUCCGUUGAGAAAGUGACACAGGCAGCACACAUACUGGCAAAUUACAGCUUUCAUCUUCACGUGCCCAGACAAGACCUGCUUCCAUUUCUUGCAACAGACAUACGUAAUUUUAAGCUAAGUAUUCCGACCUAUAAAGAAAAGUUUAUUGAGAGUGGUUUUUUAUCUUCUUCAAAUAUUGUCUUUCCAACGCUUUGCAUAGGCGAGACAAAAUCUUUUGGUUCUCAGCAGGACUUAAAAUGGCCGACUGUCCAAGCAGGAGACGUUCACCCUCAAAACUACAAGUGUAAAGUAAAGUACAACAAGCUUUCUCCGGGACGGUGCGUGUGGGAUUAUCUUCAUGGAGCACAACUCGAAUUUGAUCCCUCUUUAUGUGAGUGGCAGGACCGGUGUCCACGGAGUUCCACUGAAAUCCAAAACAGGUGUGUAGCUGUGUCAACGCCGGACAGUUGGACGGAUGGGUUCCGAACCAGCUUCGUUACAGGUCAGGAAGAAAGUAUACUUUAUAUGAAGAAAAGCGAUUCAUCUGUGUACGAUGUGAUCAAACAGCUGGUUGAAAACAGAAAAAUUUGGCUACCAUUUAAAAGAUUGCGAAGACUAAGUCCGCUGAUCUACAUGGGUCCACACCAGUCUAAGCAUAGUUACCGUAACUGGAUUAGCCAGUACUACAAAUACAAUAUAUCGUGGGCUACACAACACCCACGCAUCCAUGAUGACUGCUUGGCGAUGAACAUGGGAACAAACCAGCUCGAAACUUCUGACUGUAACGCACAUCUUUCAUUUCUGACAAUUAUAGAUAUUAAUGAUUUAUCGCUGGAGUCAACGAGCAGUGGUUCGUGCCUUACCGGGUGGAACAUAACCAGGCUCGAGAGAGACAAUGAAAUUUGCUUUAAACUUUUUAUGAAUCAGGGGAAUCUCACUUGGCCUGAAGCUAACGAUUUUUGUGAUGAGAGAGGAGCUCAGUUGCCAUCCCCUAACGUAGGGUUCAUGGACUUGAUAUAUCGCAAACACCUUAAAAUACAUAAUGUUAAUGACGUCUGGAUGGGGGUGAAGUGGAUCCACGAAAGAUUACUUUACAAUGGAUCUGUAGACACCAUCAACUGGUUGGCAGAGACGGACUACACUAAGAAGUAUGGCACACUGACCCAGGAUGGGUGGAUCCUCGAGGGUGAAGAAAUAACUAAGCAAAACAUAUUAUGUCAGCAAAUACUAUCUUCUAAUAAACUUAUGCGUCUGCAAAUACAUGAACCAGACAAUGAAGUUUCACAAACGAUGUGCAUCGACGUGGACCCUAAACAAAUGUUGAUAGACAAGUAUGAUAAGGAUAUCCGCUGUUAUGUCAACGGUGAAUACACAAAGCACGAACACACAGAGGACCAAGACUGCCAGUAUGAACUGAAGGUGAAUAGACAGGGUUACUACCAGUGUUUGGCCUGGACACACCCACCGCUCGCGCUCGCAACCUCCAACAUUUUCCUUCACAGAGAUCACGGAAAAAUUACUUUUGUUGUAAUACUUUCGCAGGAGAAAGAAUACGAUCCAGAGCAACACGAUAGCACAUUCAUGAUAACACAAAAGCGUUUGAGAUCGACAGACAGUUGCACUGAUAUAUUCAUGGCCAGCCUGAGGAGCAGUAGGCUUGCUAACAGUUUAAGGUUCAGUUCCAGGAACUUUUUUUAUCAUCAUGAACUAACAGACAACAAAUUGUUGCAUAACUUUCAUUUAGAAUGCGAAGUGAAGGAAAGUGUUUCAAAUAUAAAAGAAAGCCAACUUUUUAAGAAUCUCAGUAACACACUUCUCAUUGGGGAACAGUUCUCAGACUGCACUUUCAGAGAUAUUCGGAGCACGGUCGGCUGUCCUGAAGACACCACAUAUAACUAUGGUAACUAUUCCGAUAGAAAUCUUACGUGGAAAGCGACACGGGGAAACGCUAUUGUAAUACCUAACGAACUCUGCAUUACACAUGAGGGUGAGCCGGUCACAAGAGAAUGUUUGGGAGAUUUUUUGGAAGGCUACUACUGGGGCGUUGCUGGUAACUGUACAGGAAAACCUUCAGAAUUAACUAGAAAACUCUGGAAAAUCAACAAUGACCCAAAGAGCUAUCUAAAGAGACCAUCUGUUUCCUCUCCUAGCACACUGGCAGAACUUACUACUAAUAGUUCGUGGCUACAGCCCAUUGAUAUACAUUUUAUAGCUAAAACUUUUGAAUCGUUUUCUAAAGAUGAAAGCGCUAGACUUGAUUUGGAUGAUAUAGUGGAGACCAUUAAUAAUAUCAUGGGUGCAAAUUCUACGGCCAUUCAGCCUGUACAGUUGAAACUGAAUUCUUCUUGUACUCUCUUGAAAGCUUUCGAAGACUUAACUUUCCAAGUGGAACUUCCAAGUAGAAAAGGUGACCAGAAAAAGAACUCUUCAAGGAAGUUUAUCUCUGUUGAGCGUCUGGAUUUGGAAGUGAACUCAACGAUCGUUGGGUUUAAAUCUCGGGAAGAGGAAAAGGGUGAGAAGCGGGUGGAAACGCUCGAGAAGGGUGUCUCGUCAUCAGACCUGAGCGACGCUGAGGCUGCCAUCAUACUCCCUAGCAACCUUACCUAUACCAUUGCUUCCAGUUCAGCAAGAGAAGCAAGACACGGUGAUUUUGGAGAAGAAAAGGUCCCGUUAACCUUUGCUGUUUAUAGGAAUGAAAAGCUGUUUAAAGAUAAUGCGUCUCUCACUAACUAUACUGUUAAUAGUCACAUUAUUCAAGCUUCAUUUAAAAGGGAAAUAGUUAGAGAUUUGCAGUACCCAAUAAAAAUUUACUUUAAACCGUAUCUGGAUGGUAAUGAUACUAAGUGCGUCUUCUGGGACUUCAACAAGAAUGAGAUGCGAGGAGGAUGGUCUGAGGAAGGCUGUAAGACAGGAGGACGUGUAGGUGUCCACCAUGUCUGCCUCUGCUACCACCUUACUUCUUUUGCUCAGCUUAUAAAUUAUGAUAAGAACAAAGAUUUCGAAAAUACUCACGCCUUAGCCCUUGACAUAAUAACAAUUAUCGGAUGCUGCUUGUCCAUUAUUGGGCUUCUUCUUGUAUUUACAACCUUUUUUCUGUUUAAGAAGUGGAGACGAUCUUUGAGCAACAAGAUUCUGGUUAACUUGUCCUUUUCUGUGUUCUGCAGUGUUGUCAUUUUCUUGGCGGGCAUCAAACAGACCUGGAACGACAUUCUGUGUCGGGGAGUUGCUGUCGGACUCCAUUACUUCCUUCUCGCCUCCUUCGCCUGGAUGCUGGUGGAGGCUGUUCAUCAGUAUCUGAAGUUUGUUAAGGUUGUUGGCACAUACAUUCCCAGAUUCCUAUGGAAAGCCUCGGUUUGUGCCUGGGGCAUCCCUCUUUUGCCUAUCCUGUUAGUGCUAGUUUACGACCCAACUUUAUACGACAGCAAGGAAGAAUAUACCAGUGGAAAGAUAUGUUGGAUGUCUGUUGACUGUUUUAAAUAUUCAUUUUUACCUCCUCUGGUGGCGACAAUGAUAAUCAACUUAAUCAUCUUCAGUAUGAUCAUCCAUGGGGCAGUGUGUGGUCGAGCCCGAGUCACCUCUACCAUGCCGGAGAGAACCCUUUUCAUGAACCAGUUCAGAAUGGCAGUUUGUGUUUUUUUUCUGCUUGGAUUCACCUGGAUAUUUGGACUGUUGGCCGUCUCUGAAGCUCGAAUUGUGUUUUCUUAUCUCUUUUGUAUUUUCAACACUUUACAAGGAUUUUUCCUUUUCAUAUUCCAUGUAUAUCGAGAACGCAGUGCUCGGAAGUACUGGAGAGAUUUCCUAUCUGUGUUAACCCAAGACCCUGUGUCAUCUACACCCGGGAAUUCGGUCAACCUUCAUCAUUCAGGUCAGUUUUGCGAGCAUCCGGGAAGCGUCAUUUUUGACAAGUUUGGAGGCAUCCUAGUACUGCCUCAUGGUUCUGUCAGACCACAGCUGCGUCGCACCACCAGGAGCAGUCUCCUCUCCGCCCGCACUACCUCCACCCUGGUGCACUCCAGAGGAAGCUUCAGCAAGUGACCUAGGUAGAUGGUGACAACGUAAGAAAGAAGAAAACUUCAGCAGGUCUGUUGGCCCACGCUAGGCAGGUCCGUCACACCCACUCAAGAAGGAAGUCGCACUGCUUCAGGCCCACUGGCCCAUGCUAGUCAGGUGUAACUAACACCCACUCAAAAGAACAACCUCUUCCUGUUGUCCAUGGCCAAUUGACUGGCGCACAGCAAACUCUGUUCGCUUCAUUUCUACUAUAUAUGAACGGUGGAUGUGGCUGAUGGAUUUUUUCUUAGAGAGGAAAAAUGUCUACUGACGAGACGUUGUUAUGACUCGCUCAGUGUCUAAGGUGUUUAGGAAGUCAUUUCUAUACCAGUCCUGGGUAUCCAACAUGAAAUGAAUAUUUAAUAGACAGGGAGUCAUGAACGAUAAAUAAGAGAAUGCACAAGGUGGUAGAAAGGUUGGUGGCAAAAUUCCUGGUUAUAUUACCAUCGAACGGAGUGCACUUUCAAGAAUAACGAAAUAAAGCUUUCUCUGGUACGGCUGGAAAACAUUAGGACGUGUUUCCAUAAGACACCUGCCGUCCCUGUUUCCCCAUCAGCAAAAUAGGUACCUGGGUGUUAGUCGACUGGUGUGGGUCGCAUCCUAGGGACAAAAUUUACCUAAUUUGUCAGAGAUACUCUGCAUAACAAGCGGCUUUCCAUUUAGAUAUAUCACUGGUGUCAGCCAGGCCUGUAUACCUUGUACAUGUACAUGUGGAAAUAAAGAUAUUAUUUUUAUUAUUUUAAUAUUAUCAUUAUUAUUAUAGUCGCUACAGUUGAACACUAUAUAUAUAUAUAUAUAUAUAUAUAUAUAUAUAUAUAUAUAUAUAUAUAUAUAUAUAUAUAUAUAUAACAACACUUCGACUAGCCAAGGACUCGGACCAAUGUUAUUCUGACCCGCCUCAUGGUGAGCGAAAACCACAUGAUGCUCUAACCCAGCAGCAGUAUAGAUCAUAUUGAAACCACGAACGAGUGGUAUUUAUCAAUAGCAACACUGCGAUAUAUAUAUAUAUAUAUAUAUAUAUAUAUAUAUAUAUAUAUAUAUAUAUAUAUAUAUAUAUAUGUCGUGCCGAAUAGGCAGAACUUGCGAUCUUGGCUUAAAUAGCAACGCUCAUCUUGCCAUAUAGGACAAUGAAAAUUUGUGUAUGCAAUAAUUUCGCCAAUAUCAUUCUGAACCUAACGAAAAAAAUAUAUUUCACUGUGUUUGUUUAGUAUUAAAUUAUUGUAAACGUAUUUAAAAUAUAUUUAGUUGAGUUAGGCUAAAAUAAAUUGUUCUUGUUAUAAUAAGGUUAGGUAAGUUUUCUAAGAUCCUUUUGGUGCAAAAUUUUAAAUUUUUACAUUAUCAUUAAUGAAAAAUAUAUAUCUUUAAAUGCAUAAAAGAAAAUUUUAGAAAGGACUUAAUUUUAAAUGAGUUCUUGCUAAUUGACCAAUUUUACAUAU